AUGACUUCAAUGACAGAAUUUCAGUCUCUCACCACUCUCAUUAAGCGCCUCGAAGCAGCAACCUCGCGUCUCGAGGAUCUUGCAACCUCAGGUGCCACUGUCGUAGCUGUUGGCACAAACAUAAGUCGAAAUUCGCUUGGAAGCCAACCAGCUGUACCCUCUUCGCUGGUUUCCCCACCUAUCAUUGAUCCCACAGCUGAAAUUGAGUUGCCACCUGCACUUUCCGCCUACGAUGAAUUAAUAGAAGGUCCUUUGGAAACCUUUGUUGAACUUUCGAAAAGUAUUGGUGGGCUCGUUGAGGAUCAAAGUCAUGCCGUCGAAGAUAUAUUUAUAGCACAACGUGAUUUUCUUGACGUUGCCAUAAAAAGCAUUAAACCAGACACCAGAACGUUUGCCGAACUGAUAAAACCGACACUGCAAGCACUUGAAAAGGUUUGUGAAUAUAGGGAGAAUAAUCGGCCGUCUCCGUUCUUUAAUCAUUUGUCUACCGUCGGCGAAGGGAUAGGAGCGUUAGGUUGGGUGACUGUAGAGUCUAAAACGGCACCUUAUGUUGGCGAUUUAAAAGAAAGCUCACAGUUUUACGCGAAUCGUGUGAUUAAAGAGUUUAAGGAUAAGGAUCGCACCCAUGUAGACUGGGCAAAUAGUUUUGUGGUGCUCUUGACAGAAUUACAAAAUUACGUGAAAAACUAUCACACAACUGGGCUUGUCUGGAAUCCGCAGGCUGAUAUGAGUUCAGUAUUUGCGGAUCUUAAUCGUGGAGAGGGCAUUGUAAAUACUUUGAAGAAAGUGGAUAAAAGUCAAAUGACACAUAAGAAUCCAAGUUUGAGGGCUGGAAGCACUGUUUCAGAAGGUCAACAAAAGAAAGGACCUGCUGCGCCACCAAAACCAGCUGCAUUAUCUCUCAAGAAACAACCUAAAACAGAACUUAAUGGCACCAAAUGGAUUAUAGAACAUUAUGAGAAUAAUUCCAAGUUAGUGAUUUCGGAUACUGCGAUCAAUCAAACCGUCUACAUAUUCGGAUGUAAGAAUUCCACAAUACAAGUCAAAGGAAAAGUGAAUGCCGUUAUUUUAGGCGAGUUAUAUACUUGUCAGAAAACGGAUCUAUUGUUAGAUUCAGCCGUAGCAGCGAUCGACAUUGUAAACUCGAAAUCGGUUCAACUUCAAAUUCAAGGUCACACACCCACAAUCAUGAUCGAUAAAACAGACAUCGGGCAAAUCUAUCUCUCGUCCGAAUGUCUUAAAACUGAAAUUCUGACUGCGAAAAGUUCCUCGAUAAAUGUAAAUGUGCCAGGUGUUGGUGAAAAUGGCGACUACGCAGAAAGACCAAUUCCAGAACAAUUUAAGAGUACCAUUGUUGAUGGGAGACUUGUUAGUGUUCCGGUAGAACAUACUGGAUAA